CAAACUGCAGGGAAGCUUAUCUCCAUGGAGAAAUCCACUGAGAACCUCAACAAUGGCAAUCGACCAGCAGCUCCUGGAGUAACCCAAGCUGAGGAGCAAAGCCCUGCAGCUGCUGGGGAGGGGGCUGCAGAAAUGAGCAGAGCAGGAUCCCGACCAGAAAACGCUGUGGAUGUGAAGAGGCUGGGCUUGACUGAAGACUCUAUUAAAGACAUGGAGAGCCCUUCAGGCACAGAACAACACAGUCCUGAUGCCUUUAACCCAGCUAUUCCAGACUGCCCAAACCCACAGCCUCUCAUUACUCUAACAAACUCAAACUCCCCCAAAGUAUGCAGCUGUGAACUGAACCAGCAGUGUUUAACCACAGUCUCUGCUGAUCUGGACUGCCCUGUCUGCUUCAACAAGUACAACAUCUACCGAGUGCCCAAGGUGCUGGACUGCCAGCACACCUUCUGUGCUGUCUGCCUCAAGCUUAUCCUCAGGAGAGAGGAGAGCACCUGGAUCAUCACCUGUCCCCUCUGCAGAAAAGCCACCUCUGUGCCAGGAGGACUCAUCCGCACACUUCCAAAUAAAGAAGGCAUCAUGGAGCACUUGGAAAACCCUGACUCAAAUCCCGAGGUACACAUUUCUGUUCUAGGGCUUGACAACACAACCUGGACUCAGACCAGCCAAGAUACUUUAUACAGAGACGAAAACAUUCCAGCAGACAACAGGCUGGCUGUCCAGAGACUUGUGCUGCUCCUGCUGCUGCUGGUGAUCCUCACCAUCCUCAUCCUCCCCUUCAUCUUCUCGGGGCUGAUAAAAUGGGUAAUCUGCCUGGUGCUUACUCUGGGGCUGUUGAUGUCUAUGGUGCUUUGCUGCACUCCUAAAUUCUACUGGAGGUGCACUAGGGACUCGCUCACCUCCUGCAACAAGGAGACCCCUAUUGCUGUUAUUGCCUGAGAGGAUGAACAUGAGCUGCCCAGAGGGGAUGGUCUGGUGGCUGCAGGUUUGGUGCUAGGCAGUUUUUGGGACACUGAAAGCAAGAAUUCAUGUAAUAAAUUCAAGAGGUGGCAAAGUUGGCACAAUGGCAAUGCACAGUGUUGUUCGCUUUCAUUACUGGAGACAGUCAAGUAUUUAUAGGUUGAUAUUUAUGAAAUAAAAAUUGUUUUUCACAUGAUUUUUUAAUCCCAGACUUUCUUCCUUUGCUUUUGUCACUGUUUGUGUCAUCUCCUGAUUGGCACUGCAGACCACUACCUGAAAGACCUGACAGAUGGUGUCUUGUACAAACCCCUAGCUGUGGUUUUGUUUCCCUAUUCUUUUAAUACAUAAACACCUUUUCUUGUGACAAUGUGGAGAAAUAAGACUGCUCAGUCAGGGACUGGGUGCCCAGCCUUAAGGGAAGAGAGUAGUUUUAACCUAGAUUAUCAUUUUAAUCCCUAUCACUGCCCAAACAGUUGCCCGACUGCAAGGCUGGGAAAGGGACUGGAAAAAGGGGAUGUCAGACCAUGCAAUUUUAA